AUGAUGCACGGCUUCGACUGGGCCGUCUGGCUCACGGUCUCCAUUUCGGCCUUCGGAGGUCUUGUCGUCGCCGUCGUCAUCAAAUACGCCGACAAUAUCUUGAAAGUGAUUCCACGUUCUUCGAAAAGAUUCUAGAAGCCUUCAUUUUGAGGCCUUUGCAACUUCCUUCGCCAUUGUGCUGAACUGCGUGGCCGCCUACUUCCUCUUCAAUUUCCAGCCGACGUUCCUCUUUUUGCUCGGCGCCACGGCCGUCAUCUCCGCCGUUUUCGUCUACAGCAUGUAUCCCUAUCGGUGAGAAUUGUUUAUGUUAGGUUACGUCGAAACUGAAAUGCUUCCCUCUUCUGACAGGCAAAAUCCUAUAUCCCUCUCAAAAUAAUCACACAAGUGUGGCAAAAUCGGCUCAAGUUGUUAUUUUAAGGCAUCCGAUAGCUUUCCAGGGUUUUUAAUACUAACUUAAUUUUUUUAAAAAUCAAAGUUAAGCAUUGGUUCAGCAAACUUUUAAAUAAGUCUAGAAGAGUAUAUCUUAAAAUGGAUCCAUGAUGACCUGUAUUUAAGUCAGUUCGAGUAGAAUUUUUUAAGCACGGUUCGAAUUGAAUGCUAACUUUCUCAGUUGAGUUUAUGUUAUUGCAAAUAUUGAAAUUUAAAAAUGAUAAGAAUUGAAAUCUAAUUUUUUUUUUUUCUGAGUGGAGGGCUGUAGAAAUUAACCGGGUUCUUCGAAAAUAUUCAAAUGGAUCUAUUUUUAGCGCUGCUCACCAGCCGCUACCGACAAGUGCCGCAGAAGCUUCGAAAGCCGAAGAAAUGCAAUUGGUCGAAACAAAAAAAUAA